UUCCUCUUGUCACUGACCAUGGCUGUAUCAAGUGGGAUUCAGCUAGGUGUUGUAGUGGUUGGCUUAUGGAUAAACUAAUGAUGAGACGGUGUGGGUAAGCUGGUAGAUUUAUAGGUGAGAGGGGAGGGAAGCAUCAUGAUGUGCAGUUGUAGCUUUCAAUAUCAUGACAAGUUGGCAAGGGACAGAGCCAUGAACUCAGAACAUUCAAUGCAAUGCUCCAAGAGUGCAGGGGUAAGCAUAGCAAUGCGACCUUGAUUAGAUUUCACUUCGCCAAAAUUUGGAGACUAUCAGUACUUGGGUGCUUGGACAUUACAAAUGGCUGCCAUGCCGACCUGCUUCAAGUAGUGGCCAAGAAGAGACUUGUAUGACCGAGGACUACCUGAAAGUGGGUCUAUUUCUGUUUGUGAUUGCGCAACGAGAUACCAAUUGAUCAUUUGGGUGGUAAUGAUGCCCUACAUUCCUACUGAUUAUAAGUAUAUAGAGUGGCCCCUGAGAUGGAGACAUGCAAUUGUUCAGGCUCGUAGCAAUCUAUUCUCUCUGAACUUUGAGUUGAAAGCUUGUGCUGGUCUAGCACAUGAUCUGUUUGAUUUUCGGCAUCUCACGUGGUGACUGCUGCUUCUUGCAUUUCAUCUCUCGGAUACAGGUGUACACAUGACUAGAAUCAGACUUAUUGUGAAUCAGCCACCUUUAUUGUUUCCUGUGAAAGUGGCAUAUCACAUUUCCAAGCUGAAGCAUACUAUGUCUCUCAUGUGUGUUGUGUUGGCUGCUCGGUUCCAAUGCAUGUAUUAUAUCUGAAAUUGUGACUUUUCAGUUAUAUUUGAUUUUUUUCGACACGACCAUAUAGCAAAAAAUAAAUAAGAAAGAGUCAGAAGGGGAUUUAUUCCUUGUGGACAGACAUUUUCAGCAUUUUUAAUUGUCGGCUCUAUGUAGUCCCCUUUGUUUCGAGGAACUUAUUAAGAUGGAAACAAGGAUGAUUCAUAUAUCAACGCAAGAAAGACCUGCUGAGACAUAUAUGUUCUCUAAACAUAUAUGAGAAUAAUUCAUACUCAUACUCGUAUAUGUAGAGAACAUGUUUCAGCAGGUAUUUCUUGCGUUGAUCUUUUGACCGCUUUAAAAUCAUAGUACAAUCUGCCUGGAUUAACAAUUAAUUUGGGAUUGAAACUUAUGAUGUGAUGGUAAAAUUAAUAUUUUGCAAUGCCUGGAUUAAUGUGUAGGUGACAGGAGGAGGCUGGGUUACAUGAAUCAAUGUCUGUCUGUCAGUGUGGCAAGCUUGCUGGAAAGGCUGAUUUGAUCUCUCCAGUCACCCCAGUCCCCAGCAGUGAACAUGCAGGGAGCUGAGUGCCUCGUGCUCGACUUGUAAACAGGUUUGGGGCUUUCCGACAACAGUGCUUUGAUGGCGACGGCGAAGCCAGUUCACAUAAGGCCUUCCCUGCCCCUUCGAUGAUGGUGGUCCUCCUCAUAGAGGCGCCGAGGAGCAUUGUGUGUGUUCCUCGAGGGAAUAUCCAUCCGCAAGGCUAGGGUUUCCUUUUUUUCUUCUAAAGAGUGUGAUCACAACCAUCCUAUGGUGAUGUGCGCUCAGAUGCCAUUGUGUGAAAUGUGAGGUUGUUUUGUGUAUGAGGCAUCAAGUGCUUGUUCUCUCACAAUGGUGAAGGCAUGCAUAGGAUGCCCAAAAAUUAUAGCACAAGGUCGGUGUUUGUAGACAAGUGAGUUUUGUGGCCUUCAUCGAUGUGCCACAACGAUACAUGAUUCGCCAUUCGCGAUAGAUGCUUUCUCCGGCUCAUAAAACUUAGCCGUAGUGGUACGAUAACUGUUCAAGUCAAUAGUGUGGCCAGCCAUGGACAUGGGGGCGAUUUUGAGAAGCGCCACUCGUCUCCUUGAGAUGGCCGGGGGCACCCACCCACAUCCUGAUGCUCUGGGACGCCUCCGACGGGUGCUGGGCGCCACUGCGGCACAUUGCAUCUCUAACCCCACCUUCACCGAUUCUUUCAAACAGAUGUUGGACAACUUCGUUGGCAAUUUCAGCAAUGACACCAGGAAGGUGGACAACCUCACCACUCGCCUCCAGGCCACGCGUAGCCCUAAAGGCUGCCGCCACGGUGUCUCCCCCACUGCCCAGCUCGCCGGCCUUCAUGGAAAUGAUCUAUUCCGUGCACUUAUGGCCCUGCAGCUGCCCGUGACCGCGCCUCCGGAAUUCUGCCUUGAGGCCGCUCUCGCCGCGCAGAGCCUCAUCGUGCAUGACCACCUCGACCUUUUCAUCCACCUCUGUGAGGAGGCCACCUUCAAGGGCGACAGUACGGUGGUCGAUGAGUUCAACUUCAUGGUCUUCAUGGACCACAUAAAUACCUUGGAAAAGUUCAUGCAAGAGCACAUUGACCUCGCCAACGCCGCUGCCACUUCACGUGCAACCACUGGCCAAGCGAAGUAAAAGCUUGAUUCCAUAGUUAAGCUAGCUAGCUGCAAGUAAGACGAAGGGGGGCCAGGAGGGUCAUUGAUUGAUCCUUAUCUGGCUUCCGUGUGUACUUUGGUGGAUCUCGUUAUCGAGCCAAGAACAAAAACCACUACUUAUGUAUGUAUUAUGCUACUUGUCAGCGAUCGGGUGUGUCUUAAGUACUAGUAAUGGUUUCGAUCAAACUGCGCCCUAUGCACUUGGCCUGCUAUAAUUAAUUUUGUACAAUGGAAUUUGUUUCGCACCAAGUUCUGUUAUU